AUGGUGGGACUAAGAAACCGCUCCACAUGGGAACCAUUGCUACUCAAAGCCUCAUGCAUCAAAUCCUGUGCUAAUGGCUGCUCCCUGGGCAUCAAUGCACACCUUACCUAUGCCAACGCUGACAUAGAAUCUGUUGAAGGUGUGUUUGUGUACCCACUUGGGGAAAAGGAGGUUGUGGUGGGCUUUGAGGCUGUGAUUGCGGGCCGGCUGGUAGGGGUGCAGAUCCAGAGCCGGGGGAAGCUGCAGGAUUGCUGUUUGGAUUGCUGCCCAGGAUCUGGUUUUGAAGGCUACUGUGGAAAUGGCCAGGAGUGGGGCUGCUGUGGGAGCUCCAACAUGGACAUGCAAUGCACCAACGGGCAUCUAAUCCUGGACGAAGACCUAGAAAGAACUACCUUCAUCGUGGGCACAGGAGUCAUUGGCCCCAUGGAUAUAGUGUCCGUUGUCAUAAGCACCACACUUGAGCUCCCCACUUUAGAAAAUGGAGCGAUACGCAUUGUCUACCCAACAUUGCUUACCCCAAUUGUCACAGGCCAGAUGACGGCGAGCAGGAGUGAAAAUGGGGGAAAAUCAGAGGAGACUGGACCAACUAGCUGUUUUGGUGCAACCUCAGGAAAACAAGACCGGGUCCUUGAUUCAGAGCAGCAGUGUGCCCAUGCCAUCUUCACCAGUCCAGCUGCCAAUUUAGCACCCUAUGAACUCAACUUCCAGCUGCUGGUCAGGGGGGCCUGCCUGCUGGCCGGACUGGAGAGCCCCACUCACGCCCUGAGGGCAGAUGCAGACCCGUGUGCCCAAAGUGCCUCUGCCACCUACAUCACCUUGGCUCAGGAGCAUCCAUAUGACAGACACAUAGAGAUCAUUCUGCACCUUAGUGAACCUCACAGCCCAUUGGUCAUUAUAGAGAGAGGCAGGCUCUCCUUCAGCCAAUAUGAACAGCAGAUCUGUUCCCGCCGUGAUUUCAUCCGCUGCACCCGCAAAGAUUCUGAACCUGAGAGGAAGCUGGAGUUUGUGAGGAAGCGGUAUCACAAGGACAUCCUGAACAGCCCCGUCUUGAUGCUCAACUUUUGUCCUGACUUGCUGUGUGAACCUCUGGAGCUGAACAAAGCCACCAGAGAGCUGCUGUUCCUUGUUGACCGUAGUGGCAGUAUGAGUGGAACCAACAUCCGUCGUGUAAAGGACGCCAUGACGGUAGCAUUGAAGAGUGUCCCGUCCGGCACCAUGCUCAACAUUGUUGGCUUUGGCACCACCAUCAAGCCCCUGUUCACCUCCAGCAGGCUCUGCACUGAUGUCACUCUAAUGCAGGCAUAUGAGUAUGUCCAGAGGAUGAGAGCUGACAUGCGAGGCACCAACUUGCUUGGGGCACUGUCCUGGGUGUACCAACAGCCUAUGCAGCGCUCACAUCCUCGCCAGGUCUUCAUUGUCACAGACGGAUCUAUCAGCAAUGUGGCCAAAGUGCUGGAACUGGUCCGCAGAAACACAUGUUCUGGCAGAUGCUUUGGCCUGGGCCUGGGUCCCCGAGCUUGCAGAAGACUCCUGCAGGGCGUUGCCAAACUGACAGGAGGUACGACAGAGUUCUUGGAUGAUGAGGAGAGACUCCAGCCCAAGUUAAUCAAGUCCCUGAAAAAGGCCUUUGAACCUGUACUGACUGAUGUACGGAUUGACUGGUACCUCCCUGAAAACAUGGAGGCUCUUCUUUCACCCAAUGAAAUCCCACCGCUCUACCCUGGGAAUCGCCUCAUUGGAUACUGUACUCUGUUUGAUAUGACACAUUUCAAAGCCAGAAAGGCAGAGUCUCAAGGACGGGGCUAUAAAAGUGUACAUCGUGGCUCCACGGGUUCUGAUUUAUGCCAGUCAAAUGAUGAGCUUUCACCACCUGCCUCUGAGCUAAUGCCGGUGGUGACGUGUGCAGAUGGCGCCGACUUGGAGGAGGCACUGAGGGAGAUCUCCAGAGAAAUCUCCUCUGAGUUCUCCUGUGCCAGAGACACAGACCCUGGCACCAGUCCAGGUGUGGAGCUAGACUGGUCCAGUGAUGUGAGGAGGAGGAUCCAGGAGAGCUCUUACAUCCAGGAGCAGUAUGUCCUUACUCGUUGCUCCCUCAGUAGUGAGCGGAGUCUACAAACACAGUCCCACUCGCACAUACAUGCCUCGUCAAACUCUGACUCUGCAGGCGGGGCCUUUCUGACUGACCCGCACUCCUCUGGUUCAGUGCUGGAUACAGGGUCUUUACCCCAAGGCCUUGAGAAGAUGCCCCCUCCAGAACAGAGAUCAUCCCUGUCUCGUUGGGCAGACUCAGCAUGGCAACAAAACCUCUCGGCUGAAGCCCCUGGUAACGGGGCAAAAAAGCAUGGGCGUCUGGAUGGAGGUGAGGAGUCUCGUAGGAGACAAAAGGCCCUGGCUCGUUCAACCAUGGCAGCGCGGAGUUUCUCAUCCCCCCAGGGCGAGCUGGAGAUGCAUCGCCUGAGGAGAGCUCUGGAGAGGGUCUCCUUCGACCAAGUGCUGGAAGGGAGGCUGGAUGAAAGUGAUGGGGAGACGAAGCCUCCAUCAAGAGGGACCCUGUCCUGCAGAAGCCUGACCGACUCCAAUGGACUCCUGUUCCCUGCCUCUCCUAUGGAUUGGGACAGCUUCACAGACCCAGAGUAUCUCUUCACUGCCGUACCCCCAGAAGAUCCCGCACCGGGUCAGUGCCGCUCCCUCAUUCAUGGCCUGCUGAGUGGUAGGCCUGUGUCCUGGGAGGUCUCUGUGGACCUAGAGCACCUCUGGAUCCCUGAGGGCCAGGAGACAACAGUGGCUGAAGGAUGUGGGGAAGGAGGAGGAGAAUCAUGGGAGGAGAUCAUUCACCAGCUGACUGCUCGGUCAGUUAUAAGAGACUUUGAGAAAAUGGCAGAGAAGGAGAACGAUAUUGGACACGGUUCAGCUAAGCGAUACCGUAUGAAGGCUAUCCAGACCAGUAAGCAUUGUAACAUCAUCUGCAUGUACACUGCCUUCACUACUACUGACAGCAACCCCAACAAAGGCUUGCAAGAUGGCAUGAACAUCCAAACUACAGGGAUGCAAUUGGGGAACAGGAGGAGCUCCCAGUCCGGUAGCCGCAGGCAGAGGGCCUAUUCUGUGGGUCUGGGCAGACGGCGCACCAGUCGAGACAGCGAAGAGGUUGAGGACACCUGUAACUCUACAGACAGAGAUGACACUCCUGCCUCACCCUGUAGCCUUACAUCCUGGGACUCUAGCAGCGCCUACUCUGCUACUGCCUCAGCAAUAAACAGCUCUGCAUGCACUCGAUCACAUCGAUCUAUAGAGAGCAAGUCGAUGGAGAGUUUCUUUAGCACCAGGUUCCCACUUGGCAGACUCAGGUCCUCUAUUUCAUCAGGAAAGCAGGUUCCUCUGAAGUCCCACUGUCUGUCUGCAGAGACUGAGAAACAACCUGAAACUGAAGCUCCAGACUACCUGCCCCUGGUGCGCCUACAGCUGGCGUCAGGAGCUUUUCUUCUGACAGAGAUCUACUCCGACUGUGUCCAGAUCUCCUUGGACCGCCUGAAGAGGGCUUCACCCUACAGCCUCCACCGCCGCAGCCUCAGUCCGCCCUUCCGCUGCAUAUCUCCCAGUGCUCCAUCUUUAUCCUCCUCUGCCAAACCUGCCACUAGUCACCAUGUUACGUUUUCUCCUUCUGCCUCCUCCCUUGCCAAACAAGCCGCACCUCCUUUUCACCACACUCCAGAUGACACCCCCUUGAUGCUGGAACCGAGGCUCCGCCGAAGACACCUCUCUGACCGAGACCCCGUCACCUCACCCCCUGACCUCCCCAGCUCUGAAGAAGGUUCCCUAGAGCUAUCUGUUGGCCACUCUCAGAGCCAGAACCAGAGCCAGGGCCAAGCAGAUAGUGGCCGUGGAUCGGAGACAGAUGUAUGUGAAGGAUAUUUGGCAGAGCCUGCUGACCUCCAGGGGAGCAGCCACUCAGCUCAAGAGGACCUGGAGGGUUCAAGCUGGGCCACAGCUGUGGCUCUAGCCUGGCUCGAGCACCGUUGUGCCGGAUACUUUAUGGAGUGGGAGCUGGUGGCAGCAAAGGCAGACUUCUGGCUGCGAUGUCAGGAGCUUCCUGAGGGAGUGGACCUGGCAGGGUUGAAAGGAGCUGCCAGACAGCUGUUCAUGCUGCUGCGCCACUGGGAUGAGAACAUCAAACUGAACAUGCUGUGUUAUAACCCCAAUAAUAUGUGA